ACAUUUAAUUCGCCUAUAAAUACGCUUCACCUCCACCGCCGUCAUCUCCCUCUUGAAACCUAGCAUCAGAGAGAAAAAAAAGAAACACAAACAAGAGAAUAUGUGUGGCGGUGCUGUAAUUUCCGAUUUUGCCCCUAGCGUCACCAGGGCCAAGGGUAGGAAACUUACGGCGGAGGAGCUCUGGUCAGAACUUGAUGCUUCUGCCUGCGAUGAUUUUUGGGGUUUUGACUCCACCUUCAAGCUUCAUUCCACCAAACAACAAGUGACGUUGAAAGAUGAGGCGGCGAACAAGGAGAAGGAGCCGGCGGCGACGGAGAAACGGAAGGAGAGGAAGAACGUUUACAGAGGGAUACGUAAGCGUCCAUGGGGAAAAUGGGCGUCAGAGAUUCGAGACCCAGAAAAAGGCGCUAGAGUCUGGCUUGGUACGUUCAACACGGCGGAGGAAGCCGCCAUGGCUUAUGACGUGGCGGCGAAGCGUAUCCGCGGCGAUAAAGCCAAACUCAACUUCCCGGAUCUCCUUCAUAACUCUCCUCCGAUGCUGCCAUCAUCUCCACGACCGGAAGAUCAGCCUCCGGUAAAGAAGCUAUGUGUUUCCCCUCAGAGCGAGUUGACUCAGUCUAGUUUCCCGGUGGAGUGCAUUGGGUUCGGGAAUGGAGACGAGUUUCAGAACAUGAGUUGCGGUUUUGGACCGGACUACGAUCUCAAACAGCAGAUAUCGAGCUUGGAGUAUUUCCUUGAGCUGGACGGUACCACACCGGAGCAGCCGAGUCAGCUCGACGAGUCCGGGUCCGAGGUUGAUUUAUGGAUGUUUGAUGAUGUCAUCGCGUCGUAUGGAUAAAAACAUAAAAUUAAUGAGUGAAAAAAUAAAGGCUGUAAUAUAAACCGCCGUUACUUUUUAAGGUUUUACCAUUGCAUGGAAUUGCUAAUGAUAUGCUGUGGUUUGUAAUGUGUGUGGGCGUUAUUGCGACUCAAAUCGAGCGUUGUAUCAAAGGUUCGUGGUAUUGCUAUUUUAUUUUCUGGAAAAUAACUACUUGUGUAAAUACAGAUUUUGUAAUAAAUUACCCGAUUGUUAUACGUA